AUGCUACAAACUAAAUUCUCAUGUAAUAUUAAGAACCUGGGGUUAUCUGCACUUAAAAGAGGUCAUAUCAGAUACUAUACUAAGGGUAACACCAAUCAUGAUAUAACAUCCUUAGAUGAUUUAGUUAAAUUAGAAUCGUUAGAUAAUGUAGAUCCAAUUUUAGUACAAAAACUAAUAAAUGAAAAGACUGCAGAGUUAAAUUUGAAAAACGAAAUUAGAAGAUUGAAAAAUAUACAAGAACAAAGGGAGAAUUCUGUCAUAUCUAACAGGCCAGUUCGAGUUGGAGACUUUAAGAGAGCAGGUAUAAUGUUCAUGUUAAUUUGCUCUUCAGUUUACUUAUGCUGGCAGCUAUUGUGGUGGAACCUUGCUUAUAACUCAAAGGAAAUUGAAAUGUUGGACACAGUCACCUCACUGGAGAAUGAAUUACGUGAGCUCAUCAGGACAAAUAAAACAAAAGAAAAAAUUGUGACCAACAAUUAUGAUUCUCAACCUGUAAAUAAAAAGCCAUGGUAUUCUAAUUGGUGGAAAUAA